GUGUGAGUGAGAGUGUGAGAGAGAGAAAGAGAGAGACACAGUAACAGUGUGUGUGGUUGCGCACACGUGUGCAUGUGUGGGUGUGCUCUUAGCCAUAUAUAUUGGGCCAUGUGGACACAGACGUUGAGUUUUGUAGGAUAGACUUUGUAUUGGCUGCACGGCUGUCUGCCCCCCUUUUUUCAUUUCUCUCUUAAAGAGAACCAGUGGGAAUAUUAAACAGCUCUCAGAUCUCCUCCGGAACGCUUGUUGGUGGGAACCUGGGAACCUUUUCUCCCCGUGUGCGCCGAGUCUUGCCAAGUACCUGGUCCUCCUGUAAAAAUGAGUGAUCUGCUGGACGAUGGCUCUUUCAUGUUCACGUCGGAGUCCGUAGGAGAGGGACAUCCAGACAAGAUAUGUGACCAGAUCAGCGAUGCUGUCCUGGACGCCCACCUGAAGCAGGACCCAGAUGCCAAAGUGGCCUGUGAGACGGUGUGCAAGACGGGCAUGGUGUUGCUCUGCGGGGAGAUCACGUCUCGGGCCAACGUGGACUACCAGAAGGUGGUCAGAGACACCAUCAAACACAUCGGCUACGACAACUCAGACAAAGGUUUCGACUAUAAGACGUGUAAUGUGCUGGUGGCUCUGGAGCAGCAGAGUCCGGACAUUGCUCAGGGGGUCCAUGUUGACAGACAGGAGGAGGACAUUGGAGCGGGUGACCAGGGUCUGAUGUUCGGCUACGCCACGGACGAGACGGAGGAGUGCAUGCCCCUCACCAUCGUCUUGGCCCACAAACUCAAUUCAAAGAUGGCCGAGCUCAGACGCAGCGGCACCAUCGCGUGGCUUCGCCCUGACUCUAAAACACAGGUGACGGUGCACUACGACCAGAAGGACGGAGCUGUGAUCCCCAAGAGAGUUCACACCAUCGUGGUCUCUGUGCAGCACGACGACUUCAUCUCGCUGGAGGAGCAGAAGAGGGUCCUCAAGGAGAAGGUGAUCGACGCCGUGGUCCCCGCCAGAUAUUUAGACGACAAGACCAUCUACCACCUGCAGCCGAGUGGCCGCUUCGUCAUCGGAGGACCCCAGGGUGAUGCUGGUGUGACGGGCAGGAAGAUUAUUGUCGACACAUACGGAGGUUGGGGCGCCCACGGCGGCGGAGCUUUCUCUGGCAAAGACUUCUCAAAGGUGGACCGCUCGGCUGCCUACGCCGCUCGCUGGGUGGCCAAGUCCCUGGUCCAAGCCAAACUGUGCAGGAGAGUCCUGGUUCAGGUGUCUUACGCUAUCGGCGUGGCCCAGCCUCUGUCGAUCUCCUUGUUCACCUACGGUUCCUCCCAGAAAACCGAGUCAGAGCUGCUGCACAUCGUCAACAAGAACUUUGAUCUGCGGCCAGGGGUCAUCGUCAGGGAACUGAACCUGAAGAGGCCGAUCUACCAGCAGACAGCCUCUUACGGCCACUUCGGCAGAAAGGAGUUUACCUGGGAGGUGUCCAAACAGCUCGUCUUCUAAAUACUCCACCUGCGUGUCCUGAUCGACAAGCGUUCGCGGGCUGCGACUGCCGACUACAGUCACUGAUCGAACAUGUUUUUAAUGGGAAGAACGAAAGCCAAAGUUAGGGAUAAGUCAGCUUUAAGGAGAUGAGAAGGUAAUUUGAAGCGCGGUUGUAGCCAACAGAUGUAUAAUGGGACUCUCUCCCAGUGAGAAGAAGAAGGGGGCAUUUGCAGAGGACAUCUCGGCGGCUGAUCCUUUGCUAACAUCUCAAACAUCCAGUUGUGGGAGUUUUUGAAAUGUGCGAAGGAUCACCAGUCAAAGCUCUUCCCUGGCCACGUAAAAAGAGCACCACAGCCAAUAAAAUACAAACGCUUCUACGCCGCCAGACGCGGGGUUUAAUGUCGAGGCUGUGAAUGUUCCUUUUAGGAUGUACAAAAAAGAACCUCAGUGCUUCAUUUUCAAAAGGUGCUAUUGUCAGUGACGAUCAUAUGAAUGUGAGUGGUGUAAUUAUUGCUAAACCAAAAGAAACUUGGCUUUGGAGGAAAUUUUGAACCUUUAUUUUUUUCUUGUCAUGACUGUAAAAUGUUUUUUUUCCUAAGUCUUAUUUUGUAACGUGUGCCGCAGGAAGCCGCUUGUACCAUUGCAUUCAGCAGACAGAUCAUUUAAAUGUUGGCGAAGCUUCUUUUUUUUCUCUGAAGCACAGAAUGUGCCACAAUGAAUGAAAAAUGUGAAAUAGCCAUGCAGUCUUAUGUUUCCAUACCUCGCUCAAUCUUCCGACAUCCUCCCCCCCCCCCCCCCCCCACUUGGGUUUUGAGAUCCACUCGCCGCCCAGUUCACCUUGCCGGUGGUGGAGUAAAAUCUGACUCGGCUGUGAAUCCAUCUCCACUUGAAGCGUUGAAUUCAAACGACAUGCUGUUGAGGCUUGAGCGUUUAGUGGACCACUGAUGUCUUACAACGGCUGCGUUUUGUUUUCAGCCUGUCCUCAAUCACAUUUCUUCCUCCCAUUUCCCUCUAUAUCUCGGAGACUCUUCACCAAUUUCUUCCUCAAUGUGAAGUUUGCUCUACCAACCCAUCUUGGGACUGUUGCCUAGUUACACUGCGGCCCUAUAGUGCAGGCCAAGAUCGUCUCCGUGGACUAACGGGGAAAGAAGGGAGCAUUUAUUAAUAUAUUAGGAAAAUUGAAUUUUCUCACGUCUUAAUCACAAGGUAUUUGAUCUUAUUCUCCUCGAAAAAAAACGGCUGAUGGGAUUGAGGAAGUGUCCUGUCGAGGGUUUUGGACUUCUUUCUUCUACAGCCAACGUUGUUUUCGUAAAAGAGGUUUCCCCCUAUUCAAUGUGUUGAUCUGUAUCAGCUUCAGUCAACGUUGUUGUCAGAGGAACUGGCCGAUGUAAAUAAUUAAACAAUGGAAAGAAAAAUUAAAGUCACAAACUGUU